UUGGAGUGAGCGGGCACAUGAGUUCAGUGAGCGAGCCGAGCGUCUAACAAGUGGUUUCCCGCUGAGAUCCCUCAGAAUAGACUUGCUACGUUUACGAGACAUACCCGCUCUCCUCCGUGUGCUCCGGUCUCCCAGUAAUGCCUUCCACAAGCCGUCUGCUCGUCUAGGAUCAUUAGAACCAAGUGAUCGCUCCUGUCUCUGGUGCGCUGCGGCUAAUUGGUUAAUUUGGAUCACCCGGCGCUCCCGCUUCGACCUGAGAGGAAACCCGGCCACGAGUCGCCAGGUGGAGGGCGACAGAAGGCUGCAGUGAGCUCCAGUGUUCCCUUGUUCUCCAACUCAUCCCUCCUCUACUGCAUCCGUCCAACAUGUACAGCAUGAUGGAACACGAGCUGAAGCCGACCGGCCAGCCCCCCUCUCACCAGACCUCACAGGGGAUGUCACCGGUCACCAUGACCGGGAACAUGGGCGGCAAUGGCAACUCUCACCCGUGCACCAAGACUGCGUGUGCACCUGGAAGCGACCCCAUGGAUAAAGUCAAGCGGCCCAUGAACGCGUUCAUGGUCUGGUCCCGGGGUCAAAGGCGCAAGAUGGCUCAAGAGAACCCGAAAAUGCACAACUCUGAGAUUAGUAAGCGACUGGGAGCUGAGUGGAAACUCCUGACAGACGCCGAGAAGCGGCCCUUCAUCGACGAGGCCAAAAGGCUCCGGGCAGUCCACAUGAAGGAGUACCCCGACUACAAGUACAAGCCACGCCGCAAGACGAAGCCCCUGUUGAAGAAGGAUACUCAGGUGGGCAAGUACCCACUGUCGGCCGGAAACUUGCUGGCAGCGGCCCAAGGCCAAGGUGGUAGUCCGAGGAUGGAGAGCUACGGCUGGGGUCCAACCGGGGGGUACGCGGGCAUGCAGGGCGAGGCGCUCGGCUACACACAGCAGCUGCACCGGUACGACCUGUCAGCUCUCCAGUACCCGCCGGCCAUGACAGCGGCUCAGUCCUACAUGAACGGAGCCAACUCAUACAGCCCUAUGUCAUACGGUAGCAGUCCUCAGCAACCAAGCCCUGUCACCAUGUCAAUGGUGAAAGCAGAACCAGUGUCUCACUCGCCUCCAACUGGGACACCAAACCACCACAGAGGGCCUUUGCAGGGAGACCUCAGGGACAUGAUCAGCAUGUACAUUCCGGGACCAGGAGGGGAUGCCGGUGACCCCACAUCACAGAGGGGCUACACCAGUGUCCAGCAGCAUUACCUCAACGGAACUGUCCCGCUCACACACAUCUAGGACUGUGGGAAUCAUGGGGGUGUGGGUUGAACUGAGUGAGAGAACCAGAAAUGCUCAUGAUGCACAGGUCAGUAGGUGGAGUCAAAGAGAUGACGGAAGAAGGAUGAAACGUGAAGUGAAAAACUUUCUACCUGGGUUAGUCUCACUGUUCCAGAUGUGCCUGCAGUUCCAGACGUGCAAGUGACGACUAAAUGUUUGUUUCACUAAAAAGCUGUUUUUCUACCUCCUUUGGUUCAACAUCAGUUAAAAUAAAUGCCACUCACACCCUCCACCAUUCAUAAUGAGCCGAGUCUCCUCCCUGCCCACCACCCGACAAGCAGACUUCUCUCCAUGCAGUGAAGAUUGGGACAGCUUUAAAGCAUGUAUUCAACAAGCUGUACCAGUUUCUGUACAAAUUACAAAAUGUUUGUCUUUUUAUAAUUUUAGAACUUAUCCAUAAUGAGUCAAGGUGAUGCUAGCCAAACACCUGUGACACUGGCACUCUUUUCAGUUCUACCACCCACAGUCCGUGCCUGGACACUGCUGUGCGAGCAGAUCUGAGAACAGCUGGGUGCUUGUAGUGAACACAAGAAGGACAUGCACAACUUAAAUAACGGCUAUUUUGAAAAUGAACCUUUUUGUGUCUUGGCUUAGGUUGAGUACUAUUGUGUUUUUGUAUUUUAACUGAUAAAAUCGUAUUGGACAACAUAGACACCUUUUGGACAAUCAGCACUGCAUCCACAGGAAAUGAAUACAACACAAUAGCAUCUAUAAUCUAUGGUGUUGCUUACAAUGAAGAAUCAGCUUGGUUCCACCUUUAGUAGAUUACAUGUCAGAGUAUGAGGAGGUCUGCAACACUUGUUGCUGCCAGUCUGAGUUUUAUUUUUUAUUAGUUCUAGAUUUGUGCUUUGAUAUUAAUUUUUAAGAUGCAUUGUUCUGGCAGCAUCCUGAGUGUAAUUGUCACUUUGCUAUAGGCAGGAGUUGUAUUGCUUUUAGGCUUCUUGAGUGAAUGAAUAAUAUGAAAUGCUUCAUAUCAUUUGUUUGUUCCAAUAGCAGAUUAAGACUUGUGGAAGCUUACUUGUGAAGCCAACCUUAUGUUGACAAAAGGCCGCCUAGGCAUUUGAUUUGUUUUUUUUAAUGACUUGUCUUUUUUGUGUUUUAUGAUUACCUGUAAAGGGAAUGUACCAGAUAGUUUCGGGAAUAGAUCUCCAGCAAACAAUACAUCUUAUUUCUAAACUGUUUAGAGUUACUUCAACAAUGGGUAAUUUUUAUUCUCUUAAAUAAUAAAACUGUUUUAAUCCCAGUUCUUUCAAUCUGACGGCACUGUCAUUCUUCUGUCGAGCCUGCUGUCUGCUUACUAGUGCUGCUAUGGACCUAAAGGAAAGUUUUAUUUUAAACCAACAACUAAGUAUUGAAUGUGUUAGAUAAUUCAGACAGUAUUACAAACUACACUUGCACUGGAAACAGAUGCCUGAGUUAUUUUUGAAAGUGAGUAAUGCAUAAAUGUUUACAUUGAUGCCCAAUAUUUGAAAACCUAACAUUUAUACUGAUUUUAGAAUGAAUUCUGUUGUAUGUAAAUGCUGCCAUGUGCUAGAGUUAUUGUAUGUAGCAUUCAUGUAAAUAAUGUAUACAUUUUUAGGCUCUUAUACUAAGAGUCUUGAUUCUUUUUUGAUUAUAAAAAAUCUUUGUUAUGGCAUUCAUGACAAUAUUAAUAAAAAGUACAAAUUCUUUCA